GUGCUUAGUUAUGUCAUGUGAUGAGUUCUUCUCUUCCUGGUACUAACCUUAACCAAUCAGACGUAAUUGUGGAGCCGGGUACCGUAGGCAGCAAAACAUGGCGCAGCCAGACCCGGUGAAUCCGUUUGGCGAUAUAGACAACCCAUUUCAGGAUCCUGCAGUGACUGAACAUCGGCCCAGCUCACAGUAUGCAACGCUUGACGUUUAUAACCCAUUCGACAACAAAGGGAUACCACCACCUUACCAACCACCAGCUCAGCCCCCAGUUAUAAGCCCAACUGCUCCAGCUCAGAUCGUCCCCUCUGCUCCACAGGCGAAGAAAAUCAGUCCAACAGAACCAAAAAACUAUGGCUCGUAUGGCACUCAGGAAUCUACAGCUGCUGCAACCGCGGAUUUGUUGAGGCGGCAGGAGGAGCUGAACCGUAAAGCAGAGGAGCUGGACCGACGAGAGCGGGAGCUACAGAAUGCUGCACUCGGGGGCACUGCCUUAAGGCAAAAUAACUGGCCCCCACUGCCCUCCUUCUGCCCAGUGAAACCAUGCUUCUAUCAGGAUAUCUCUGUAGAAAUACCGCAGGACUUCCAGAGGACUGUAUCCUUAAUGUACUACCUAUGGUUAUUAAGCUCAGGCACACUGUUUCUUAACUUCCUGGCAACUUUGGCACAUUUCUGUAUGAGCGCUACAGAGGGUCCUGGCUUUGGCCUGGCUAUACUUUGGCUCUUGAUGUUUACACCAUGCUCCUUCGUUUGCUGGUACAGACCCCUGUACAAAGCUUUCAGGAGCGACAGUUCCUUCAACUUCUUUGUCUUCUUCUUCAUCUUCUUCGUACAGGACGUUCUGUACGUGCUCCAGGCCAUUGGCAUCCCUGGCUGGGGAUUCAGUGGAUGGAUCUCUGCGUUAUCUGCCCUAAGAAACAAUUUGGUAGCCGUGGCUGUGGUAAUGAUGAUUGUAGCUGUUCUACUGACGGUUAUUGCAGUUUUGGGGAUCAUCAUGCUAAAGAGGAUCCACUCCAUGUACCGCAGGACCGGGGCCAGCUUCCAGAAGGCUCAAGAGGAGUUUGCUGCUGUAGUGGUCUCCAACUCUGCAGUUAGGACGGCAGCCACUAAUGUAGCAGCGGGUGCAGCUCAGAAUGCAUUCACAUCCUAACAAGGAACACUGAAGCCUUAUUAGAUCAUAUUAAACCAGGCCAGAGCCCUCAUAACCACCACUGUGUGUCUCACAGAGCUGAGUGCUUUUCUUACAGAACCGGGUUAUACUGCUGCUUAUUUAUGUUUGCUUUUGUGUGACUAUCUUAACAUGAUGUGGGGACUGUGUGUGUGUGUGUAACAAAAAGAAAUCUAAAGUGUGUGUGUGUGUGUGUGUGUGUGUGUGUGUGUGUGUGUCAUGAGUUUAUGCCUGCAGUGCAGAGUCUGGUCUGUGUUUAGGUAUUUAGCUUCUGUGCAUGGGAAAGGGGAGCUAGAUGGCCUUUGUGUGAGCCUUGGUCUGUGUCUGCAGUGGCUGUAUAAGGUGUGAGUGAUGAACACACUCAUUCUGAUUUGUGCUUAGUCUUGUGUGUGCUGUUGAUUGUUUCACAAGAUUUCAUGUACUAAGCACGCACCAGGAUGGUCUUUUGUCUUUUGUGUGUGUGUGUUCAUGGCUGUAUUUACAGGGGUUACUAAGUUUGUAACAUUAGUGUCCCUGGUCUGUGUACAUCAGAGAAAUCACUGGCCUUUGUGUGUUGCUUUUGUAGAGGAUAGUGAAAAUAAAACAUGCCUUAAAGGGAAAUGAUACACAAAUGUUUAAGCAAUUAAAAGGGAUGCAACAUAGCUGUAAAAAAAGCUGAUUAGAAAAUAUCACCUGAACAUCUCUAUGUAAAAAGGAAGAUAUUUUACCUCAACAUUUCUCAGUAGCCACCUCCCAUUGUAAAGGGAUUUGAAGCAGCCAAUCAGGAUGCUAGUCCCUAUACUUACUAGGGAGCAAGCUUCUGGCAUGCACAGUCAUAUUAUGCAGUUGAAGGACAUUUUACUAUGAAAUCUCACGAGAUUUCAGUAAAGCAAAGUAUGACAUCCGCACCGAUGAAGCUGGUUGGCUGCUGGUUAUUUUUUUGUUUGUUUCCUUCCCAAAAUGCUGAAGGAUAGCUAUUCACAGCGCACUUACUACUGUGAUUUGAAGAAAUUUUGAGGUAAAAUAUCUUCAUUUUUUACAUAUGUUUAUUAUUAACGGUUAUUUGUAGAGCGCCAACAGAUUCCGCAGCGCUCGUUUAGGUGAUAUUUCCUUAGCAGCUUUUUUUUUCCAGUUUUGCUGCAUCCCUUUCAGGUGAUUUAGCAUAUGGGUGUUAUGUCCCUUUAAACUGGCCAAUUAUGUUUAUUUUCACACAAGGCUGUGUGCUCCCUUGCCAUGUAGUGGCACCUUUCUUGCAUAUUAAUGUGUUAUACUAACCAAGUGCAGCUUGAAAUAUUUGCAAAUUGUGACAUAAAAUGUGCCAUUAUACUUGUAUGUACUCUUUAUUACACUUGGACAACGAACAAAAUAUAAAUAAACCUGGAUUACUCUGUCUUUACCCUUUCAUUGUUCCUUAUUAAAAAACAUAGGAAAUCCAGGAGAGAGUAUCAAAGCUUCUGAAUAUAGGGGUCACCUGCCUCCUGUCGCAUCUGUAUGCCAUCACACACUACAUUCUGUAUUGUCAUUUCUCUUUUAAAUUACCCUCCAUUGCCUGAGGAGGGUCCUUCCCCUGUGGGGAUUAUGGAACAUUUCACUGUGCGCUACUAAGGAAUGGGAGGGGUGCAUGGCUUACUGGCAGAAAGCAUGUUCCUGAGUCUGUCUUCUGUACUCUCCAUUUCUCACAGCACCUUGGGUUUGGAUGGAGAAGGGUCUGCAACGCUAAGCUGUUACCAAAUUAAAGAGUUUUAACAAUAUUUUUUUUUUAAUGUUAAUACUAACCUGUAUUAGACAACAAGUAUUUUAAGCUUUAAAAAUAUCCAGGAUUCUGACGCUUACAUAUGAAAUGAAUGGUUUUGCCCAUGGGGGUAAUUAAUCCUACACAUGCCAAUAAAACAGGCAAAUACUAUGAAAA